AUGAACACAAUAACAUUAACUAAAACUCAAAAGAAACUCUCUCCAAAACGACUUCUUCAGUAUGGUAUUUUGAUAGGGGUGGCCUAUUUUGCAUUUCGCAUGUUUGACACAUUAACCAAGAACAAACAGCAACAACAAGGUGGGGUAUUUUAUGAUGAUGAUACAGAUGUCGAGCUCCCAGAAAACGGUAAUGAUUUUGACACAGGAAAUGAACAGUUUCAGUUCGACAAGAAUGUAGACGUGAAUAUGGACGUUAAUAUUGCGGGUAAAGAACCACCCAAGAAAGAAAAAUCGAAAGGUAAAGCUAAAAUGUUGGCAGAUAAUGUCGACGAACUUGAUAAAAUGAUCGAGGAAGAAGAAAAGAAAGAAAAGGAAAAACAGAAAGAGGUAGUACGAAAGAAACCAAAUCCAGAUCCCGAGGAGGAAGAAGAUCUAAAAGAACUUAAAGAUGAAGCUAUAGAAGAUUUCGAUAGAAAACAUCCGGCAAAGAAUCGACCUUUCCAUAAGGGUGAACAUUUCGACACGGGUGAUGACUCUCCAGAAAUAGCUAAAGAGAAACAUAAACGACGUAUCGAGUUCUUCAAGAAGAUUAAAGAACUGAAUAAAGAAUUUGAUGAAGAUAAUGAGUCUGAAAUGCACGAGAGCGUGGAGCUGCUAUAUUUUGUCAGUGCUGCUUGGACUAAAACAUUUAAAGAUGUGGUAAAUCUGGUAGUUUCAAUCCAAAACCACUACCCUACUGCUAGUAUUGUUAUCUAUGAUAUAGGAAUGGAUUCGGAUCAGAAAAACUGGUUGAAGACAGUUUGUCAAGUUCAAGUAAAACCAAGUUUUAUUGAAGUUUGGCCUCCACACAUAAGAGAUCUAGAAAAUAAAUUAUGGAGACCUAUCAUUCUACAGAUGGCCUUGGCACAUAUGAGUCAUCUCAUUUGGAUUGAACCAUAUUUAGUCAUCAACCGACAGAAGAUGAACGCAUAUAUUCAACAUUCCAGAAAGUUUGGAAUACUUUUUGCUGGCCAACGUCAGAAAUAUUCUACAUACAUAGUAACUCAUCCUGAUAUGUAUUAUUAUCUUAGUUCCGAUACACGAAAGUUACAGAGGGUUCCACAUUUUGAGAUCAAUAUGAUUCUGUUACACAAUACUAAUACCAUACAACAGAGGUUUAUGAAAUGGCUUGUUGCAUGUACCAUUGAAGAAUGGUGUAUAGCGCCCAUUGGUUCCAAACGAUCGUGCGACACGCCAAAUUUGUCGAGUGCUAAAUAUUACGCCAACUGUCACCGUUAUGAUGAGUCUGCCAUGAACAUUCUGUUAAAAUCAUGGAUGAAGUAUGACUUAGAUAAGUUCUCAUUAAGAGAUGUGGUAACUAACAGAAACGAUGGUCGUGAUGCUAAGGUUAGAGCCAGAGUGUGUAGUAAUGCAAGGAAGGCUGGUGACUUGUAA